CAACAAUAAUAAUAAUAAUAUUUAUAAAUUUCUUAAUAUCUAUAAAUACUAGGAAACCACCAUCUUCCAAAGUUGGAAGUAUAUACAAUUCACAGAAAGAAGAGUGGCUGAGAUUGAGUUUUCCAAUCAUUGUGUCUUCUUCAUCUACACUCACUCAUAUAACAGCCACCCACAUCUCUCUCUGUGUCUUUUACUACGUAUAAACUCACCAAUCCACCAUAUCUCUUUGCUUGGUCACUAAUUUUCCUUCUACCCAAACACUCUCUUCCCAAUUCUAUUCUUUCAUUUUUAUUGAAUAUUCAAUUACCCUUUUUGUUUGUUUCUCUCAGAUUCCCUUUCUUUCCCAAGGAAAAAAUAAAUUAUAUAAUUUAUAAAAAAAAUAAAUAAUAAAAACACCAUUAUUAACACUCACCAAACACCUUUCUUUUCAUUCUCGCAUUGCAAAGUCCAUCGCUUUCUGAUUUCGUUUUCUGAUCGAGGAGGGCUUUCUUCGGUUUCAAUUCUUGUAUUUUUGGAUCCCUUGCACGUACUUUCAUCGAUGGGGGACGUGUUGAAGGAUCUAACUGCCGGUACUGUUGGAGGGGCAGCUCAGUUGAUAGUAGGGCACCCUUUCGAUACAAUCAAGGUUAAACUGCAGAGUCAGCCUGUUCCACUCCCUGGACAGCCUCCCAAGUAUGCUGGUGCAAUGGAUGCCGUGAGGCAAACAAUAGCUGCUGAAGGCCCAAGGGGUGUGUACAAAGGUAUGGGAGCUCCACUUGCUACCGUCGCAGUGUUCAAUGCUGUCCUUUUCUCCGUAAGAGGCAAACUGGAGACAAUGUUAAGGUCCGAACCUGGUGUCCCACUUACAGUCAACCAGCAAAUCAUUUGUGGAGGAGGGGCUGGAGUUGCUGUAUCGAUUUUAGCUUGUCCUACUGAAUUGAUCAAAUGCAGGUUGCAAGCCCAAAGUGCAUUGGCAGGUGCUUCAUCAGCGGGUGUAGCAGUAAAAUAUGGAGGGCCAAUGGAUGUGGCCAGACAAGUUCUCAGAUCAGAAGGGGGAGUACGAGGCCUCUUCAAAGGCUUCAUUCCCACCCUGGCUAGAGAAGUUCCGGGAAAUGCUCUAAUGUUUGGUGUUUAUGAAGCACUGAAGCAAUACUUUGCAGGGGGUAGAGACACUUCCGGGCUGGGAAGAGGCUCUUUGAUUGUGGCUGGAGGCUUGGCUGGAGGGUCCUUCUGGUUCUCGGUCUACCCAACCGAUGUUGUCAAGAGCGCUCUUCAGGUAGAUGAUUACAAGAAUCCCAAGUUCUCUGGUUCAAUGGAUGCCUUUAAAAAGAUUGUUGCUUCUGAGGGAGUCAAAGGUCUCUACAAAGGGUUUGGACCCGCCAUGGCUCGAAGUAUUCCAGCAAAUGCAGCAUGCUUCUUGGCUUACGAAAUUACAAGGUCCAGUCUUGGCUGAGAAGAUUCUGAUGGCCUAAUUUAGGUGGCCAAGAUAUAGUUGGUUGUUAACAUUUUUACAAGGAGGCAAUUGGCAUUUUAUUUUUUUUUAACUCUCAAUUUGUAAUUUGGUUUCAUAAUCUAUAUUACUAUCCAUUUUGGUGUUAGUUGAAGAAA